GAAUCAGCACCGCCCCCUGCUCCGGCGGCGCGCUGCGUAGUGAGGUCACUUCCGGCGCGGCGGCGGAUAAGCGGCCCCGUGCAUCGCUUGCGGCCUCUUUUGCCUCGCGCCGUGCAAGAUGGCGGACACGCAGACGGAGCGGGCCUACCAGAAGCAGCCCACCAUCUUCCAGAACAAGAAGCGCGUGCUGCUGGGGGAGGGGGGCAAGGAGAAGCUGCCCCGCUACUACAGGAACAUCGGCCUGGGCUUCAAGACCCCCAAGGAGGCCAUUGAGGGCACUUACAUUGACAAGAAAUGCCCGUUCACUGGUAAUGUCUCUAUUCGUGGUCGUAUCCUGUCAGGUGUGGUUACCAAGAUGAAGAUGCAGCGUACCAUCGUCAUCCGCAGGGAUUAUUUACACUAUAUCCGCAAGUACAACCGUUUCGAGAAACGCCACAAGAAUAUGUCUGUACAUCUCUCCCCCUGCUUCAGAAGCCUUGCAGCAGCCAGAAUACAUAAUUACAAAGAGUUUGCUACAGGACCUUCUGAGGGGGGAUUGUUGCUGCACCGGGUGAAGCUGAACGUGGUUUGGGCUGCAUGGCUAACAGCGCUGAGCUGGGUUGGAGAACUCAGGGACUCCGAAGGGGAGUGAUCGUGGGUGGAAUAGCCCAUCCACUCAUCCUUUUGUUCACCAAAGCUAAUGUUGAUUUCAUAAGGAGUCUAGUCACAGGCUGCUGAGCUGAAUUCACUUUGGGCUAAUGGUGCACCAGCACUGAGGCUCCCCUGCUACAAGCUGAAACCACCAAAGAGCUGAACUGACUAAGAGCUGAAAUCGCUGAGCGUUGUGUUAAGUAGUGGGGGAGCCUGAAGAUACAUGGUGGAGCAGUUUGCGGGACGGCGAGCGGAGCAGAGCGGCUGGUGGAGCAGAGCAGUUUGUCGGAUGCCUAGAGCAGCUCAUGGGGCGGCUGGCAGAGCGGAGCCCUAUGGAGAGGUGGGGCCAUCAGCUUUGGACCACGUAAGGUGCCCCUUAACCCCCCCCCCCCUCCCCGCAAUCUCCACCCAGGUUGGGAGGUAAAACUCUGCAGAUAAACUUUUGAACUCUGGGGCUGCCCUGACCAGGGACAGAGACUUUGGGGUCAUUGGACUUUUGGGACUUCGGGUGAUUUUGGGUUGCUGGACUCAAGAACCAAAGGGAAAGGACACAUCCCAAUUUGCUUGGGUGGGUUUUUUGCUCAUGGGUUGUGUUAUGAAUCCUGUUGAUGGUGUUUCCCCAACAUAAUGCCACAUUGUUUCUCUCUGUUAUUAAAAGGCUUUUUGCUACACUCA